AUGGACAUUCUUACAGAGAUGGGCCAUGAAGAAUUGAAGGAGCUCGGUGUUACGGUAUAUGGACAACGCCAUAAACUCAUCAAGGGCGUGGAACGCAUCCGACAAGCCGCUAUCCAAUCCAUAGGACCUGUUUCAAAUGUCAUUAAGCCUUCAACAGGAACGACUACAACCGUCACUGGCGUCCCCGGCGGACAGUCUUCUACCAUUAUGGUUGCAUCCACAUCUGCUGCUAGCACCAGCACUUCCUCUACAUCAUUGCUUCUAUUGGGGACUGGUGGAACAUCUUCUGCCACAGGAUCUGAUGCGGUAGCAGAACCCCGUGUUGGCGUCCAGGCUGUGCACCAGGGAUUCACCGGAGUCGGGGUGACUGAGCCCAGCCCCCCAGGGCCGGCUCACUUCCCCCCUGCUGCUCAACGGGCAACCGUAUUGGUCGAGUUGGAACGCACUGAUCCUGAAUUCGUCUCAGUUGAGGAACAGGUUUGUACUCCUUGUUACUUGCAGUAUGCUCUCGAAGAUUGUUAA